CUUGGGUCCCAGCUGUUUCUUUAUUUACAUCGGACAACGCGUUUGGUAACAUUGGAUGGCGGUUGAUUUAAAAAUGUUUAAUAAAGUGCAACUCCGAAAGUUUUUAUUAAGAGGUUAAGACUAUUCAGACUAUUUAACUUAUAACUUGAUCACAGUUCAGGUCAUUUCAAGAAUGAAAAAGAAGUCUGAACGGAUGUCUGAAAGAAAAUAUGAAAGGAAAUUUGAAUGAAAGUCGGAAUCGUCACAUUCUUAGGGUUAUACUAUAAUGUUAUUGAUUUUUUUGUAGAACAUUUAAUUAUACCCACUUUAGAUGCCACAGCAUGCAGGAGAUUUUCUGUCUUUAUGUAUUAUGUGACACUCUUAAAAACACAAUUCAAAUAAAAAACACAAAAAAAAAAGCUAAAAAACAGGCCAAAAAAUAAAAAUGGCUGCGAAACUUCAUAUUAUAUUAGAUGAGAGCAAGGACAAUCAAGAAUGCUCAUCCGACUCACUAGAAAUAAAGUUUCCAUUGCCAGAGCAUGUUGAUCCGUCGCAAUGCCGUGAUGAGUUCUUGAAGACUCUCAUAGAGGAGCACGAAAUCCGUAUAAGUAAGAUCCAUAGAUCAACAAUUCGGAAGUCUUCGCUGUUAGUAAGACCUGUGGAGAUCGAGUAUCAGAUUGAUAAGGGGGCAGAGGCUAUGGUCGUGCAUCAGCUGGCCAAACAGCGCCAGAGGGGAACCUUAAGAAAGACACUGGAAGAGGUUAUGGAAAGCAUUAGGUUGCGGUCAUACAUGUUCACAGAACUGAAUCUUGAAUGCCAGAAGGCGGCCAUUGAGUUCCUCUCGGUUCGCCUACUAAAGCAAUUGCGCCUCUUUUCAGGUCCCUGGCCUGGAGACCUGCAUGAUAUUCCUUACCACCUGUUCAGCUGGUCGUUGGAUGAUUUUUUGAUGCGUCUAGAUGUUAAGCAGCUCUACCUUGAUGUCCUUAAUAGGGAGCGAAAUGUCGAAGAUUUAGAUUGCGUGAAGUUUUGCAAAGAUUUGCACGAGAUCGAACUUCUCAUACACGAAAUCCGAAACGAUUUCCGCAACAAUAAAGAUAUCUGCCAAAGUAGCAUGCAAAUGUUAAGGAAUGCCCAAUACAUCACAAAUGCGCCAUGGGUCAAAACCCUUGAAAAAAAUAUGCAAGAUAUCAAACACCAAACGGCUCAAGCGCUGUCUUUUAACCGAAGUAGUAUAUUUAUGAUGGAAGUUCGCCACACAUCGGUUAUGUGUGAUUUUGACCAUGACUCGUUUUUGGAUCCCAUUGAGAUGCGUUAUCAAAUAAAUUGGUUGAGAAGUUGUACGGAUCAGUGUCUGAUGCGGAUAAAUGAACGGGAGAAUUCAAUGAUGAAUGAACUGAACGAUAUGGAGGAAGAAGCGUGGCAGGACGAAUCGGUGCAGCACUCCUCAGAGCUCAUGUAUUCAUUACAGUUGGGAGAUCUUAGGGAACGAAUUAAGGUUUGGCAGGAGCGACAGGAAGUCGAUUUGGAGAACGUCGAGGUCAUGUGCACAGUAUCGAGAUUUGCGGUGCAAAAGUUAAAAGACGAUCUAAAGUUUUAUACGGAACAGAAGGAAAUGUAUCUACGGCGAAUAGACGAAGUAGAAGCUAUAAUAAACCAGGAAAGAAUGAUUCGUGAACAAAGGGAAGCUGCCCUUAAUGAGAAACGAAUGUCAAAUAUCCUUGAAAGAGGUUCGGGAGUGAAAUCGGGAAAAAAGACUAAAAAUAUGUCUGAUAAGAACUCUAAUAAAAAAUCCGGGAAGAAACCUGCAAAGAAAUCUGCAAGAAAAUCUGAACGGAAAUCUGAAAGGAAAUCUACUAGAAAAUCUGAAAUCCUGAAAUUCUAAAGUGCAAUUAAUUUAACUUGUAUAUGUUUGCAAUUUGCAUUAAAUAAAUUGAUUUGAUUAAUUUAAAUAAUAA